AUGGCCUCCGCAGAAGGCAAGCGGCUACAUGCCCAUGGCACACACCAGUCCUCACUCGAACUCAUCGGGCAGACACCCCUCGUCCGUCUGAACAAGAUUCCGCAGUCUCUCGGCAUCGAAGCCACCGUAUAUGCCAAAUGCGAGUUCUUCAAUGCUGGAGGGAGUGUCAAAGACAGGAUAGCCCUGCGUAUGAUCGAAGAAGCUGAGAAGUCGGGAAGAAUAAAACCGGGCGACACGCUGAUCGAGCCUACCAGUGGCAAUACUGGCAUCGGAUUGGCACUCGUCGCCGCGCUCAAGGGCUACAAGACCAUCAUCACCCUCCCUGAAAAGAUGUCUGCAGAGAAAGUCGCUGUUCUCAAAGCUCUCAACGCAACCAUCAUCCGCACGCCCACACAAGCCGCUUUCGACAGCCCCGAAUCACACAUCGGAGUUGCUAGACGCCUGGAGAAAGAGCUGCCUAAUGCCCAUAUAUUGGACCAGUAUGGGAACCCGGACAAUCCCCUUGCCCAUGAAUUGGGAACUGCGGAAGAGAUAUGGCAGCAGACAAACGGCACUAUAACGUGUAUCGUCGCCGGCGCCGGCACAGGUGGCACAAUUACAGGCCUCGCUCGUGGUCUACAUAAACACAAUAAAUCAAUAAAGAUUGUCGCUGCAGAUCCUCAGGGCUCAAUCCUCGCUCUCCCUUCGACCCUCAACGACGAAUUCGCGAACCAACCCUACAAAGUUGAGGGGAUUGGCUAUGACUUCAUACCGGACGUACUUGACCAGAAGGUCGUGGACAAGUGGUACAAGACGGACGACCGGGACUCUUUCCAUUACGCCCGUCGCCUCAUCGCUGAAGAAGGGCUGUUAGUCGGAGGAAGUUCCGGGUCUGCUAUCGCGGCGACGGUCGCCGCCGCAAGAGACCUCAAACUCGGGAAAGACGAUGUGAUCGUGGCAAUCCUCCCGGACAGCAUCCGCUCGUAUCUGAGCAAAUUCGUCGACGACGACUGGCUCGCCGCCAACAACCUUCUUCCUCCCACCCCUCCGCCUGAACCCUCCUCACCGCAACUCUCGAGAACCCAGAGCAUAAAGCAAGACGACACGUUCCAAGGCGCUCGUGUACGUCAUCUGCGCCUCAAACCCGUCCAGACAGUCACGUCGGACAGUCCCUGCUCCAGUGCCAUCGAAGUAAUGCGCGAAAAGGGCUUCGACCAACUCCCCGUCCUCGCGCCAAAGGGCUCCAAGAGAUUAGUCGGCCUCGUCACCCUGGGCAAUCUGUUGUCACGGAUAAGCCACGGGCGCGCCACAGGCCAAAGCCCCGUGAGCGACGUCAUGUUCGACUUCUCCAAGAUCAGCGAAGUCACCGUCGACCACACGGACUUCUCUGAGUUGAUGACCACGUCCGCGGACGAGGACUCGGAGCCGCAGAAGUCCCCAAGCGACAUGGGCGCGAAGACCAAGAGCAAGGGCACAAGAAGGCAUUUUGUGGAGAUCACCAUGGACACCCCUCUAAGUGCAUUGAACAGGUUCUUCCAGUGGCAGAGUGCGGCUAUCGUCACAGAACGCGAACCAAGCAACAAGGGCGGCUCUCUAAAGCCAGUAGCAGUGGUGACCAAAGUAGAUCUGCUGACUUGGAUGUUGAGCGAGCACAAGCCGUAG